CACUCGCCUCCUUUCACCUUCGUCCACGCCUGUUCAUCCUCCAGCCAGCAAAGGGGGCAGAGACCGCUCCGCCGAUGUCGCCGGUGAAGGUGUUCGGGCCGGCGAAGUCGACUUGCGUGGCUCGGGUGCUGAUAUGCCUGGAGGAGGUCGGCGCCGAGUACGAGCUGGUGCACGUCCACAUCCCCGCCGGCGAGCACAGGAGCCCCGCGCAUGUCGUCCGCAACCCCUUCGGUCAGGUACCAGCGUUCGAGGAUGGCGAUCUGGUUCUUUUCGAGUCGCGUGCAAUUUCCAAGUAUGUGCUUCGCAAACACGCAUCUGACUUGCUCAAAGAAAGCAGCGUCACAGAGUCUACAGUGGUCGAUGUUUGGCUCGACGUGGAGUCCCAAAAGUUUGACCCAAUCAUGUCAGUAAUCGCCUUCCAAUGCUUCAUUGUACCUAUCUUCAUGGGAGGCACAACUGACCACAAGAUUGUCAACGAUAGUGUGGAGAAACUGAAGGAUGUCCUCGAGGUCUACGAGGCACGUCUGUCUAAAUUCAAGUACUUGGCUGGAGAUUUCAUCAGCCUGGCAGAUCUAAGUCAUUCGCCUAUGUUCCACUACCUGAUGGCUACACCUCAAGCACAUGUGCUCAAUGGAUAUCCUCAUGUGAAGUCAUGGGUCUCUGGCAUAAUGGAUAGGCCGAGCGUGAAGAAGAUCAUAGAACUUAUCAAGGUAUCGUGAAAAGAGUAAAUUGUCAUGUACUAGGUAUAUGCCAUGUACCAGGCCCAGCCUAGAUCGACUAGGAGGACAAGGUCAAUGACGAAGCUCACUAGACCAAGCCCAGCCCGAACCUGGGGGCUGGGGAUGUCCAGCGUACCGGGAGAUAUCCCUAUGUAAUGUGAAUUCGAGUGAGUCUAGGGUUAUCGAUGAUCAAAUGUA